UACAAAGCAGUAGAACCUCGAUGGCCAAUAAUUGGGAAGGAAGGGGUCCAUAUGCUUGACCCGAGGGCUGAAUAAUAAUAGGCAGAGCGUUGUCUUUUGUUUGUUUUGAUCCACAUGUCUUUGUAACGUUUAUAAAUUAUCCACAAUGCCGUUCCCAUCAGAGAUCUCAUGACAGCCAUUUUCAGGUCAGGCGAUGAAGUCAAAAAGAGUGAUAGGUUGAAGAAGCACAGUCCCUGGGCCUGCGAGGGGCUGCCCCCACUCGAUAGUGAAAUAUCGAUCGCAUUUGUCUCCUCGCUUGUCAGUUGUCACCACUCUCUCUCUCUCUGCCAUUUCUUCAGGCAGCGUUAUCUUCUGUUCCUUUAAUUUCCUCUCUGGGUUGAACACUCACAUGGCUUCAGCCUCUCAAGACUUCUCCUCCAAGAGACAUUCCCACUCCUCUAAGCACCUCGGGAACCAAGACUCUGAUGUCGAAUCCCCCCCUCCCACUGCCCAGUCCAUCUCUCAAAUCCUCCACAGCCACCACCAGAAGCCCGUAGCUCCCGCCACCAGGAGGAAGCUGCAGGCCCUUGCAGUUUCUCGGCUCCGAUCUGUUCUCACCGCCUUCCAUAAGAACCGUUCCCACCCACCUUUCGCUCUCGGCCCUCGAGUCGUCGGCACUCUCUUCGGGAAUCGACGGGGUCACGUGCAUCUCGCCUUCCAGAAGGACCCCGCCUCCCGACCUGCCUUCCUCAUCGAGCUCGCCACGCCAAUCAGUGGCUUGGUUCGCGAAAUGGCAUCUGGCUUGGUUCGAAUCACUCUGGAAUGCGAUAAAUUGAAGGACGAAGAAAAGAAAACUCUGAGAUUACUGGAAGUGCCUGUGUGGAAGACAUAUUGCAACGGGAAGAAGGGUGGUUUUGCUUCCAAAAGAGACUGUGGAGACAAAGAGUGGGAAAUUUUGAAAGCUGUGGAGCCAAUCUCAAUGGGUGCUGGGGUGCUGCCUGGCGGGAACAAAACUGGGUCUGAAUCUGAUGGUGAAAUCAUGUACAUGAGAGCUAAGUUUGAGAGGGUCGUCGGUUCUAGAGACUCUGAAGCUUUUUACAUGAUGAAUCCUGACUGUAACGGAGUUCCUGAACUCAGUGUUUAUUUGCUUAGAGUCUGAAGCUCCUCCGAUUUUAGUUACUUCUUUAACAGUAGGUUGGCAUAGUUUUUCUUUCAUCGGGGGAGUGAAGGUCUGUGUCAUUUUAAGGUUUACUUUUUGUUUAAUUUGGGGAGAUACAAGAAUCAGGAUUGCUGUUUAUUGUUUUCUAUAACAGUGAAUAGCAACGUAGGCUUUAGUUAGAAGUGGGCAAACGGUAGGGGGAUCAUGAAAAUAUGUAUAGUUGUAGUUUGUAAUCUGGUUAUUAAAAAAAAAAAAAAGAUAUUGCAAAUCUCCGUUGUCUCUAGAUAUUUAUGUGGUGUUGUUUUUUGCCCCACAAGCAGAUUUCAUCUUCAUUGUGAAUAA